UCAGUGUUCUUCAAUUGUAAGAAUAUAAUAAACAUGAAAGCUUUCUUCUUGGCUAGUUUGCUGGUAGUCGCCGCCAGUGCGUCCCUUUUGCAGGAGCAUGCGGUGAAAUUCCAAGCAUUCAAGAUGGCCCAUGGUAGAACCUACCUGAACCAAGUAGAAGAAGCCAAACGUUUCUCCAUCUUCAGAGACAACCUCCGCUCAAUUGAAGAACACAACGCCCUCUACGAACAAGGACUUGUCUCUUACAAACAAAAAAUUACCAAAUUCGCCGACAAAACCAAAGAAGAAUUCAAAGCAUUUUUGACACUUCACAAAAAACCUACUUUAUCAAAGACCACUAAGUACGUCAAAACAGGAGUUGCAGUACCUGACUCAGUAGAUUGGAGACAACAGGGACAAGUGACUCCAAUUAAGGACCAAGGAAAUUGCGGAUCUUGCUGGGCAUUCUCUAUUACUGGUACAACUGAAGGUGCGUAUUACCGUAAAAAUGGAAAAUUGGUCUCUCUCUCAGAACAACAAUUGGUUGACUGCGCUACCGAUGUUAACGAUGGUUGUCAGGGUGGAUUUAUGACUGAAACUUUACCCUACGUCGAACAGUACGGUCUUCAAUCUGAAGAAACUUACCCUUACGUGGCUCAAGAUAAUGCCUGCAGUUACAACGCCUCCAAAGUCGUUACCAAAAUUUCCAGCUACGUUGUGCUCCCAGUAGAAGAUGAAAAUGCUCUUUUAGAAGCUGUAGCUACAGUCGGUCCAGUUUCCGUUGCUAUAGAUGCAUAUUACAUAGAUUCCUAUGGUUCUGGCGUCUUCGAAGACGCCGACUGCUCACCCGAUUUCCUCAACCACGGUGUGGUCAUUGUAGGAUAUGGAACAGAAAAUGGAAAAGAUUAUUGGCUUGUCAAGAAUUCUUGGGGUACUGGUUGGGGUGAAGAAGGUUACAUGAAAAUGGCACGUGGAAUAAACAUGUGCGGUAUUUCUGAAGAAACUGUUUAUCCAGUUGUAUAAACAUAACGAUAUAUACCUAAUGGAUUGAACAAUU